CUCUCAUUGCUCUACUCUGCUCUUUACCAUACAUUCAUGUUCUCUUUGCUUUCAGCUCUCUACUCCACCUCCUCAACUCGACACAUUACGCUUUUGCUUUUCUCCGUCUUUGCCAAAGGAUCUAACCGCCAAUUCGCCCUCUCCUUCGCUAUGUCUACAUAGUCCUCCCUGGUCUGUCCAAACACACCCUCCUUGCCACCUACCACCUAUUACCACCCUCAGCACUUCCACAUGACAUGGACCCUCGACGUUCCUCCCCGACCGCUGCGAAUGACACAGCCAACGCUUACCAUAGCGAUGACAACCCGGAUGACUCUGUCGUCGACGGCAAGAUCGAGAUGGACCAGGAGGAAAUAGAUGCCAUCAUCCGCAACAAGAGAAAAGUCCGCGAUCCCAAGGCCUGUUAUGCAUGUCAUCGGCGAAAAGUCAAGUGUGACCGCAACCUACCUUGUGACUCUUGCGUCAAGCGAGACCACCCAGAACUCUGCUCCUACGAGCGGCCUACCAAGAAACGACGCAUUGCUCUGACGGGCCCGCUCCAAGCAGAAGAAGCAACCUCCACGACUCUAGACCCCGCCACCCAGAGCGGACCUAACGUCUCAGUCCCCCGCGAGCAUUGGGAUCGCAUCAACAAGGAACUCGAGGAAUUGCGAGCGGGUGCCCAACUGGCCCGCCACUCACCUGCCCGCUCACAUCACCCAGCAGAAGACAACGCGGUGGCAGAGCCCCACAGUCGCGAUGAAACUGAUCGCGAUGGCAUUCAUGCCCCGAGUAACCAGAUGGGGUUGAUGCAUCUGGGUUCGAGGUCUGUCCUUGCAUACAUGAUGGGUCUUGGACGAUCACAGUCCACCAAAGACACCGCCAGGACCUUGCUCGAAGAGAAUAUUCUUCCAAAGCUAGGUCUCGACAACGAAUCCGCCACAUAUCCUUUUGUCGACCUCUGGAGCACCGAGUCCAGCAUGCAAGAUGUUGCUGGACUAUGCAAAGCCAUCCCGGACGAUGACCUGUGUAACGAAUUUUUUAUCUGCUAUCGAGAUGUAGCCUGCACCAUCUACCCCGUCGUCGCCGACACCCAUAAAUUCUCCACCACCCUGUUUCUCAUGCUAUCCAACCGCGGCCGCCACGUCAGAGACAACAUGGAAAUCGACCCCACCAAACCAUAUGGAGUAUCUUUGCCCUGGCUUAGCUUGAUGUUUGCUGUUUUUGCCUCGGGUUCUCAAUCCUCAGAUCGUCCAGCCAAAGAACGAGAGUUGACGUCUCAAGUCUACAUAUGUUGUUCGUACCAGGCUCUCCGCAUGUCAAAUUUUCUGACCCACCCAUGUAUCGAGACGAUCGAGGCAUCCUUGAUCAUCGGGAACGUCCUCUCAUACAACAUGAACCCCGGGGUUGCUUACAUAUUUCUCGGCAUGACCCUUCGCAUGGCCUUUUCAAUCGGCCUGCAAAUCAAUUCCCCCAUUCACGAUGAAGGCGAACAGUGGAUCCGGCGCCGGGUUUGGUGGGCACUCGCCUGGCAAGACUCGCACUUUGCCGUGAGCUACGAUCGGCCCACUUCAAGCGUCAUGUGCAUUCCAGAUAUCCCCUACGGCAAGUUCAGUUCGCCCGGAAACAGAACAUACGCUGAGAGCAUGUUUGCCAUUAUCCGCCUCACCCAGGAGAUUGUCCGCGAAAGGCUUCUGCAUCCUCGCUCGCAGAUGACCUGGGACACCAUCAGACGUUAUACCGAACAAAUCAACGAGAUUGUCGCUCAGGGUGCGUCACAUCUCCGCGAGCGUUCACACUGCCAUCUCAUGACAGAACACCUUGAGCGUCUAGCACUCAAGCUCCACAGCUCAUACAUCACAAGCGAGCUGUGUCGUCCGGCUCUGAAAGAGUCAACCGAGACUUGUCAUUCCUCUCAUACCACGUCGGCCCAGUCGCCGCCGUCACGACAUCGCAAAUCAUCUCAGGCCUCGGCUGGUUCUCCGGCUGCCACCGACACCAACAAUAUCCGUGCUCGAUUCAGACGUGAAUGUAUCAAGAACCUCGAAGGUACUGUUGCCGCCUAUGUCGAACUACACUCUCUUAGCAAGUUUGCGGCCAGGUCUUGGAUCGGUAUUCAGCGAUCUAUCUCAGCAGCCUUCUUACUCGGUACUCUGGGUGAAACCAAUCGAGAACCCCGCAUCCUGGCACUUUUGCGCGAGCUCGAGAAAGUCAUGACUCAACGGACCAUGGAGGACCCUACAUUUGACGGUAUGCAGCUCAAUAACGAGGCUCUCAGCAGUCCCGAUCGCCACCUUCUUUCUGCCACGCGCGCACAGAUGAUCGACUCGCCCCAUUGGGCACGAAGCAUGGCCAAAUCACUGAAUGCCUUGGGCAAACUCAACGCCGCACUAACAAAUCCAGAACCCAAGUCCGCCAACUAUCAUACUGCCCCGACCAAUAAUAAGCAUCACAUACUGGGCACGCGGAGCAAUGUAUCGCCAGAAGUCAAUGCAACACAGGGUCAAACGAGCACUCAGUCACAAUACCCGAGUAUCCUCAACGUCAAGGCAGAACCAUACUCUCCAGCUCUUCCCACGACCGUAGCAAGUUCUAAUAUGGGGAUGGGGCUUGGUGCAGUCGGCAUGGGUCCUAUAACUCCUGACAGUACAGGGUCCUCGAGCGACUGGAAUCUUGGAAAUCUCCAAGAGCGAGCAGCAGAAUAUGUACAGGCUCCUCUCUGGGGAGACAACACUCUGGGCAGCUAUGUGAUGUAAUGAUUCCUGACUCUGGGUUACUCUGUGAGUGAUGAAUCGUCUCCUUUUAGUGCCAAACGAAAUCGGGCCUAGCAAGCGCUUUAUGGAGAGAUCUGGUCGUGGUUGAUAUCUCAUUUCCUGCGUUGUGUCCAAGAAUGAAUGACAUUACGGUUCACGAUGAAUAUACCCCGAAUAUUAUAUAAUUCCACCCUUAUUGGAUCCUAGUAUGAAUAAAUGUCUUCCUAAUGCGAUCGGAGAG